CGCACAAAAAGGGCGCCAAAAAACUUGGACACGACUCGCGAACGUUCAAACAGUUCAUUUAUAUCCAGCCAAUUUCGCGUAGUUCCCGGCGCUUUGCGCCCAGCUGCAGUCCGUGUUGUUAAUUACGUGGGAUAGUUAUUGUUUUUUUGCAAGUGCUUUUGAGUGCCGAAACUAAACCAGUGCUGCGUAAGCCAUCGCAAUCGCGUCCCAGUUCAAUCGCCUGGCAAAAAGGACACAGUUUGUUAGCCAUGGCCCAAGCAGAGGCCAAGACCACGUGCACGCGGCGUCGCCGCCAGUUUUUGCCCGAUGGCCAGAAUCGGCAGCAGCGACAACAACAACAUUGUUAGCGGUUCCCUCUCAAACAAUACCGUUGUGUAUUUGUAACGGCUUGGAUCGCGUACCGUUAAUCGUGGAUUGUGGCAUUAACUUGAACUGGUCGAGCGGCUAGCAGUGAUUAUCCUUGUGAUCCCGCCCAUCGAGAGUGGGGAUAAAAACAUUGGCAACAGUUGGACGUUGGAAGUUCGUAAGCAGUUGAAGCAGUCAAGCCAGACAUCAGAUUCAGUCAUCACAGCUUUCGGAGAACUUUCUACAGUUGAAUUCAGCACCCGGCGCGACAGGCUGUCUCAUUUCCACUUUCACUCCAACUUCCACUUCCACGCUCACACUCAGCCAACUGAAGACUGAAGAGGAGAAAAUAAAGGUUGCAAAAAAACGAACAAAAAGAAGGUUGAAGGCGGCGACAGGCUCGUAAAAGGGCGCUGCUGUACAGCAAUAACAACAUUUUAUGACGGUCACAUAAUAAGAUCGAAACGGCCCCGCCCACUUUCACACAAACCAGCGGCGCAGACGAGGAUGCAAAUUACGUGGCACAUGAAGCGUCAAAGCGUUUGAUUUGAUUGUCAGCGGCAGAAGAGAAGGCAAGCGAAUCGAGUCGUUUACCGCCCGAGUUUACACCUUCAACGGACCGACUGGAACAGAUUGAUUGAUUGAUUGAUUGAUAGAUUGGCCAGUGGUCGGAGGUUAGAGGUCAGAGGCGAAGGCAAAGGCAACGACAGCGGCACAAUGAACAAGAAGUCGCCACUGCCGUUGGCGGCAUUUCUCGGCGGCGACGGCAGCGGAAGCUGUGCCGCCAGCGGCAGCAGCAACGUUGCAGCAACUGCAGCGGCAGCGGCGGCGGCUGCAAACGGUUCCGGCGGCCGUGCUGGUCGCCAAUCGUCGACGGGCGGCUCGUCGAGCGGCGGCGGGGGUUCAAAGUCGGAGAAACAGGCGGCACGGGAGGCGGGCGGCGGCGGCGGCAGUCUCUGCGGCUGCCAAAAGGCGCCCAAGUCGCACUGCAUAUCAGCAACAGGCGUGCUUUUGCUGGUGCUGCUCUACACGGCCAUGGGUUCCAUCGUGUUCGUGACCCUCGAGGGCGAACUGGAGGACGGUGGCGCCCUGGAAACCGCUGUGGCCGCCUCCAAGCCAUAUCCCCGCACCGAACUGGCCAACGCCGAGAUACGAUCCAGAACUGUGGAUCGCUUGUGGUCGAUAACGGAGGACCUGAAUAUAUUGUACAAGGAGAACUGGACGCGCCUCGCCGCGCAGGAGGUGCAGCUGUUUCAGGACACUUUGCUGCGGGCGGUGCGACAGUCGAAGGUUUAUCCCCCCGGAGGAAUCCAGUUGAAUGCGCCCACACAUAAAUGGACCUACGCCUCGGCCUUUCUCUACUCCCUGACAUUAAUUACGACGAUAGGCUAUGGCGGCAUUUCACCACGGACGCAGUGGGGCCGAGUGGCGGCCUUGGUGUACGCCUUGUUCGGGAUACCCAUUGUGCUGCUCUACCUGUCCGCCAUGGGCGAAGCGCUCUCGGCGGGAAUGCGCUGCCUGUUCCGGCGCCAGCGUGUGAAGGGCGGUCCAGGUGGCGGACCAGGUGGCGGUGCCUCCGGUGGCGUGGGCUCGGGCGCCGGUGGAAGCGGUGGUGGCCGAAAGACGGACAAGACCAAGGGCCAGGGGCAGCACUACGGCCACCAGAAGUUGCAUCAGUACGGCCUGCCGCCAUCGGUGUACCAGCAGCAGCAGCAGGCGCAGCAAGCGCAACAGGCACAGCAGCAGCAGCAGGCGCAACAAGCGCAGCAGGCGGGGCAGCAACAGCAGGUGCAGCAGGGCAAAAAAUCCUCGGGCAAUCGCCGUGGCUCACCCAGUGUACCCAUCUCCAUAUGCGUGUGUGUGCUGCUCUGCUAUGUGAGCAGCGGUGCGAUUUUGUUCCACAAACUGCAGAACUGGAGUGUGCUGGAGUCGCUCUACUUCUGCUUCACCUCGCUGGGAACCAUUGGAUUCGGUGAGAUGGCGCCCAAUGGCGCAGUGGCUCUCUAUACGGCCUCCGCGUACAUUCUGGUCGGCAUGGCCGUGGUGGCCAUGUGCUUCAGCCUCAUCCAGACGGAGAUCGUACUGUGGCUGCGCCGGUUCAGCGUGCAGGAUCACGUGAUGCCCAAGGCCGAGGAACUGGCUCUAGUCACCGUGGCGGUCACGCCGAAACCCUCCUGACAGCGACCCAGUGCGGAUCCCAGUCUGGGCGUCGGAUUGGGAGUGGGUCUGGCCGGCGGCGCCCUGGGGCAGCCGCAAAACAAUCUCGGCCAGCACCAGACCAUGUUCUUUGGACCCGCCCACACGCUGACGCAGUACAGUUCGCUGCCGCGCAGGAGUCACCUGCAGGCGGCCAACCAUUCCGGCGGAGGAUCGGCCUUCCAGCGAAACACGCCCAUUCGUAGAUCGACGGGCAUACCGGAGCACCAUUUGGAGUACUUUGUGCCGCGCAGCAUCAGUGAGUUUAAUCUGUCGGGAGUGGGCGAUCUCGCCCUGCCGCCACCCCGUCGAUACUCACCCAACAUGGUGGGUGGUGGAGGAAUGGGCGGCAUGGGCAUGAAUAUGGGUGGCAUGGGCAUGAGCAUGGGCAUGGGCAUGGGCCUGCCACAUGGCCUCCAGCUGGGUCCACCACAGACGCUGCUCUGCUCGGCCACGCCCACUGUGCAGCAGCAGCAACAGCAGCCGCCUCCGCCGCCGGCACAGCUGCAGAUUGUCACCCUAAAGCCGCGCAGCGAAAAGAUGGUCACCUUCGAGGAUGAGUCAAAGCAGGCGGUUGGCGGUGGAGCAGUCGGCGGAGGAGCCGGCGGCUCGGGCACGCCACCGCAUUGUCCACACGGAGUGCCGACGACUCCGCGAAAAUCACCGGCCGUGGGCGAUAUAUUCAUGUGACCAGGAGCGCAGGACGAGGCGGCCCAGUUGGAUGCAGCAAUGCGAUUGCGCGACAGCAUCGAUGAUGCACUGUGUCCAAAAGUUGGACCGGCGCCAGGUGAAGUGAUACGUGUCUAGAAAACAAAAUGAACAUUCUCAACGCAAACACUCACACCAACACCAACACACUGUAAGUAAAUGCACACACACACACGUAUAAAAGAACUCUUUCCAAAGCAGAAGAGAGUAUAGGAAAAAAGCAUUGCCUACUUUUGAGGGCCAAUGCUCUCAACUUGAAGUUCAUUGUGUUUUUCAGCAUAUAAGUAUAAAUAAAACAUUGAGCAAAUAUUUAUUAUUAUGUGUGUAAAUAUAGCAUACAAAAACCACAAAGAAGGCAAACAACUAAAGUUGAAUCGCACUUUGCGACAGAAUGAGAGAGUGAAUUAAAAUUAAAAUUCUAAAUGAUAAAUGCAUAAAUAAUUGAAUGCUGCGUGAGGGCGUUUUACGGUUAAUGCUGUAGAACACGGAUCCAGAAAUUAAUAAAUACACUCAACCACACACACACCACACACAC